AUGAAAUAUAUGUCAAUUAUUUUUUUGUACUUUUUCUAUUUUAUUAUUCAAAGGAUUGAUUGUUAUAAAAAAGAUCAUUAUAGUUUUCUUAAUACUAAAUCUAAUAAAAAUAUUUCUAAAGAUUUAAAUGAAUUAAAUAAGAUAAAUGAAGAAUUAGUUACAAAUGAAAAAGAAGAUGAUGAUGAUGAAGAUGAAGAAUUAGAAAAUUCAGAUUUUGAUGAUUUAGCGCAUAAAAGCCUUGAAAAUGCUGAAGAACAGGCAACUAUUGAUCUUGAAAAUGCAGAAAUAGAAAAUCUUUUAGAUAAUGAAAUAUUUAGAAUAAUUCAAGAAAGACUAAAAAAAUUAUGGUAUAUUGGUAAAUGUAGGAGAGAUUACUCUAGUGUAUGUCCUUUAGGAUGGAGAAUAUCUACUUAUGAUGAAAACCUUUGUAUUCCACCUGAUACAUAUGAGGGACUAUGUAGAUCAAUUGAUUUUUCAAACAGCUCAAAUACUGAUAAAGAGCUUUUUGCUUGGAAAUGCGAAGUUGAAUGGCCAUGUGUUAACUCUCCUAAAUUAAAAGUCAUGGGCAAAUGCCCACUAAGAUGGACAUCCGUCGGGAAUAACCUAUGUGUAGCACCUGAAGAUUAUGUUGGUAAAUGCCCACCUGCUAUAAAUUUGUCAAAUUAUGAUUAUGAAAUGAGAGUUAGAUGGGCUAAUGAAUGUAAUGUUGAGUGGAUUUCUCAACCUAAAACAGAAUAUGCUAUUACACAUGAAAAAAUUUUAAGAUAUUCUGGAGGCCCUAUAGAAGAAAGUGGAAAUGUUGUAAAAAUUAUUCAUAAGAAAUAA